AUGGAAGAACCAGGGCAGAUCAAAAGGGCUUUCAUUGACGCCUCGGCCGGUGCGAUUUCUGGUGCUGUUUCAAGAACUGUUACAUCGCCCCUUGAUGUCAUUAAAAUCAGAUUUCAGGUUCAAUUGGAACCCACAACACAAUGGGCGUUGUUAAGAAGAGAUGUGUAUUGUCCAUCAAAAUAUACAAGCAUGCUGCAAGCAUCCAAGGACAUACUUAGGGAGGAAGGCUUACCGGGAUUUUGGAGGGGCAAUGUCCCAGCCCUUCUUAUGGUCAUGCCAUACACCGCAAUACAGUUUACAGUGUUGCACAAACUGAAGACAUUAGUUUCUGGUUCUUCCAAGUCAGAAGACCAUAUCAAUUUAAGUCCGUACCUUUCAUAUAUUAGUGGGGCACUAGCUGGAUGUGCUGCCACCAUUGGAUCAUAUCCUUUUGAUCUUUUAAGAACAAUUUUAGCUUCACAAGGGGAGCCAAAGGUUUAUCCAAAUAUGAGGUCUGCAUUAGUCCAUAUUCUUGAAACGCGUGGAUUUCGAGGGUUGUACGCUGGAUUGACACCUACGCUGGUCGAGAUAGUACCUUAUGCCGGAUUACAGUUUGGAACCUACGAUACAUUUAAACGCUGGACAAUGGCAUGGAAUCAGUAUAAAUAUCCAUAUGCUAGCCAAGACGAAGCCCUCUCGAGCUUCCAGCUUUUUGCAUGUGGUUUAGCUGCAGGGACAUGUGCUAAAGCUGUAUGCCAUCCACUCGAUGUGGUUAAAAAGCGGUUUCAGGUGGAAGGAUUGCAACGGGACCCACGGUAUGGGGCCCGAGUCGAGCACCAAGCUUAUAGAAACAUGUACGAUGGGCUGCGGCAGAUUUUGUACGCAGAAGGAGUGGCGGGUCUUUAUAAGGGCAUUGUGCCAUCAAUCGUGAAAGCUGCACCAGCUGGUGCUGUAACAUUUGUUGCUUAUGAAUUCACGUCCGACUGGUUGGAGUCGGCUUUGACUUGA